AAUCGCUAUUGUGCACAUAGUUACCACAAUCCAGUGAUGAUUUUAUGAUAUAGAACAAGCCAGCUUCGACGGUCACCGUUUGAUCCCCCUCAGACCAGUUGUCGCGAUCGCAUCGAACCCCCUCACCUCCCCGCAUCACCGUCGGGAACCGAAAGACGCCUCCACUAUGGGGUUUAGAGGUCCAUCCUGGGUGCACAAUGCGUCGAUAGACUCGAUACCGGAUUCAAUUCCUAUUUCUGAAUUUAUUCUAAACGAAAAGUAUUGUCGAGCGGGCCUGACAGCUUCCAAAAAGCCGUUUAUCUGGGGAGCUACGGGGGACGGAUAUUCUGCGGUUGAGGUCUCCCAGCGCGUUGACUACCUAGCACGAGCUCUUGCGAACGAGUUUGGGUGGCGGCCGAACCUGGGGACGGAAUGGGAUAAGACGAUUUGCGUCUUUUCGCUGAAUACAAUUGAUUUCUUCCCGCUGACAUGGGCUGUCCAUAGACUAUCAGGAAUAGCUUCUUUGGCCAGCGCAGCAUAUUCAGUAAAUGAGCUUGCAUAUCAGCUCCAAGCGUCCAACGUCCACGCGCUAUUUACCUGCUUACCACUAUUGGACACAGCCUUGAAAGCAGCUGCAAAAUGCAGCAUUCCCAGGAACCGGGUUUAUUUGCUAGAUAUGCCUCAGAGCUUUACUGGAAGUGGUUCAAAGCCUUUGAAAUUUAAGACCGUCAACCAACUCAUCGAAAAAGGCUCCAAUCUUGACGAAUUGGAGGAUUUGAGAUGGAAAAAGGGGCAGGCUGCCCGACAAUGCGCUUAUUUAUGCUUCUCCAGUGGAACCUCGGGCCUUCCGAAAGGAGUUAUGAUUUCGCAUAUGAACGUGAUCUCUCAAAUCUCGCUUUUCAAGCUCUUUGAGGGCUAUACUCGCACUGAGAAUCAGAAGGAUACGGUUCUCGGACUUCUACCCUACAGCCAUAUUUUCGGGUUAUCUGUCUUUCACUCGGCAGUCUAUCGAGGCGAGUGCGUCGUCGUUGUUCCAAAGUUCGAGCUUGCUACCCUCCUGGGGGCAAUUGAAAGAUGCAAAAUCAAUGUGCUUUACGUUGUACCACCUGUCAUUAUCUCCAUGGUCAAGAAUGAAAGCCUCAUGAAGAAGUAUGAACUGAAUAGCGUGCGCCAUAUAAUCACGGGUGCGGCCCCUCUAGGGAACGAGACUGCGGAGGAUCUCCAUAGGGUAUAUCCAACAUGGUCGAUUCUCCAGGCGUACGGACUUACCGAAACCACUGCAGUCGCAACGCAUACAAGUCCGCACGAUAUCUUCUUUGGUUCGUCCGGAUGCCUCCUACCACUGCUGCAGGCACGAUUGGUAACCCCUGACGGAACCGAGGUUGAGGAGUACGAUACGCCAGGAGAACUUUUACUCCGUGGGCCGACCAUUGUCCUGGGCUAUCUCAAUAACGAGGCGGCGAACAGGGAGACAUUCCAAGACGGAUGGCUACGAACAGGCGACGAGGCGGUUUUCCGGAAGAGUUUCAAUGGAGAGGAUCAUGUCUUCAUCGUCGACCGGAUAAAAGAGUUGAUCAAAGUUAAGGGGUUCCAAGUAGCGCCAGCAGAACUGGAGGCUCACCUCCUCACGCACCCGGCGGUCGCUGAUACCGCAGUCAUCGGUGUCCACGACGAUUCAGCGGGUGAAGUGCCCAAGGCCUUUGUCGUGAAGGCCAGCGAGAUAACAGUUGACCAUCAAACACUGAUCCACGACAUCCAAAAACAUGUCCAGGACCAUAAGGCGCAUUAUAAAUGGCUACAUGGUGGGAUCGAGUUUAUUGAUGCUAUUCCAAAAAGUGCGAGUGGGAAGAUAUUGAGGCGAUAUCUAAGGGAUAAAGAACGUGAGACGAGAAGAAGAGCGGGUUCAAAGAUAUGAUUAUCUGUAAUUAGUCUAGUUGCAUACCCAGCAGGG